AUGUUUUGUUCCAGAACUAGACACCAUGGAGCCUUUUCUCUCUUUUCAAAUCUCUUCAAUGAAACAUCAAAACCCUCUCUUCUCACCUCCUUAUUUUCAUCAAAAUCCAGCCCCAAUAUCCCAAACCCAAAAAGCGCCACUGCCAAGAGACCACCUUCACUUGCCACGCAAAACCUACAAGAAACUUCGCUGACUGUAAGCACUGCUACCUCUCCUGUUGCGUCAAUUUGUUCUUUACUUUCUAAUAGUGUUACAGAACCAGUAAAGAUUGAGUCUUUGUUAAGUGAUUAUAAAGGAAUGUUGAAUUCUGAUAUUGUGCUACAAGUCUUGAGGAGUUAUAAGCAGCUUGGGAGAGUCAGGACAUUAGAAUUCUUUUCUUGGGCUGGAAUGCAAAUGGGGUUUAAGUUUGAUGAUUGUGUGAUUGAGUACAUGGUUGAUUUCCUAGGAAGGAGGAAACUUUUUGAUGAUAUGAAGUGUUUCUUGAUGACAGUUUUGGUUCAAAAUGGUCGCGUGACAUGUCGUGCAUUUUCUAUUUGUAUUAGGUUUUUAGGCCGGCAAGGGAGGUUUAGAGAAGCCCUUUGUUUGUUUCAAGAAAUGGAGACGAAGUUUAAUUGUAGACCUGAUAAUUUUGUGUGCAAUAAUAUGCUUUACGUGCUUUGUAAGAAGGAAGCAUCUGGGGAACUAAUUGAUGUUGCGCUUAGUAUUUUUCGAGGAAUUGAAUCGCCAGAUACUUAUUCAUACGGUAAUGUUCUCGUGGGGUUGUGUAAAUUUGGUAGGUUUGAGACUGCAAUUGAAGUUUUUCAAGAAAUGGGUAGGGCUGGAUUAGUGCCAACGCGGUCUGCAGUGAAUUUUCUUAUGAAAGAGUUGUGUUUAUUGAGUGCAAAAGAAGGGGCUGUUAAUGAAGUUAGGGUAAAUAGUUCUCGUAAGCCCUAUACGAUUUUAGUUCCAAAUCUGGGUUCAAAGAGCGGUGCUAUCCGUCCUGCUGUUGGUGUGUUUUGGGCAGUUUAUGAUCUUGGUUUGUUGCCUAGCACAUUUGUUAUAAUCCAGCUCAUGACGGAGCUUUGUCGAUUGGGAAAGAUGGCAGAGGCUUUUGAGAUUCUGAAAGUAGUUGAGGAGAGAAAGCUAAGUUGUGUGGCAGAGGGCUACGCCAUUGUGAUGCAGGCUUUAUGUGAAUAUCGCUUAGUUGAGGAAGUUAGCCAUUUGUUUGGAAGAAUGCUUUCACUUGACUUGAAGCCAAAGUUGGUAGUUUACAAUUCUGUUAUUUGUAUGCUAUGUAAAUUGGGAAAAUUGGAUGAUGCACAGAGGGUGUUUCAGAUAAUGAACAAGAAAAGAUGCAUUCCGGAUAGUGUAACAUAUACCGCACUGGUUCAUGCUUAUGGCGAAGCUAGGAAUUGGGAAGUUGCCUAUGACUUAUUGAUAGAGAUGUUAGGGUUAGGUUGGAUUCCACAUUUUCAUGCAUAUACUUUGGUGGAUAAACUGUUGAGAGAACAUGGGCGAAUGGAUUUGUCUAAUAAAUUGGAAAGGAAGUUGGAUUCACAAAUCUUGCAUAAGCAUUGUAAAGCAGGUCAAUUAGAGUCUGCUUGUGAGAAACUGAGAUCAAUGAUUGAGAAAGGUUUCUGCCCACCAAUGUAUGUAAGGGUUGCUUUUGAGCAUGCAUUUCAAAAGUAUGGCAAAUUGGAGAUGGCUCGUGAAUUACUACAGAAGAUGGACAAAGUUUGCGAGCCUUCUAAGGCAGAAGUUUCUUGA